AUGGCAGGAGGCCGCAUGAAAUACCGGCAUUUCAACCGCUCAUCUGCCCAUAGACAAGCAAUGCUCCGAAACCUUGUGACCUCUCUCUUCACCCACGAAUCCAUAGCAACAACAUGGCAUAAAGCAAAGGAAGCACAGCGGUUGGCGGAGAAGCUGGUCACGUUAGGCAAGAAGAAUACGGAGGCUAGCAAGAGGAAAGCUUUCGAGAUUUUCUAUACGCCCCACGAACUAGUCCCCAAACUCUUCGGCGAAAUUCGCAAACGCUACGAAUUACGCCCAGGAGGCUACACGCGGGUCCUCCGUAUCGAGCCAUUGAAGCCUGACAUGGCGCCCUCUGCGAUUCUCGAACUCGUUGAUUCGAAAUACGAUAUGCGGUUCCAGAUGACGGCGCGGACACUUGCGAAGGAACGGGCGGAUGGUAGGGAACAGCCGCGCAAGAUGACAGCGAAGAAUAUUGAGAAAGUGACGAGGUAUAGGAGGGGUGGGAUGGACGCGCUUGACGAGCUGGUGGAGAGCUUUGCGGAAUUUGGGGUUGCUAAGGAGAGAGAUAAUUCUGCGAGUGAGGAGAAGAGGUGGGGUGGGAAUAUAUGA